CAAGUUUACGACGUAACAAAAUUCAUUCACCUCGAAUCCAGGUUUCUCAAGACAGGAAUUGACCAAAAUAUCCCUGCAGAUGGAUAGUUUGCUUACGUCAGGAAUCCCCCGCAACUAAAUAUUCAUGUUUAGCAGACCCAUCCCCCACGCAUCCGAACGUGCUCUCGCUUUCUCUCUCUCUUUCUCUGUCGAGGUUCCCGACUUUCUUCCGAGAAAAAAGAUUAUCGGCAUCCAAACACUCAUCAGAUCACGACGAGAAAUACUUUGUUGAAAGAAUUUGAGCAGAUAUGGAGAGCGAACAAGGAGUUCACUUCGUCGACCGAGGGAGCUAUCCGGAGUCGCUGAUGGCGGCGUCGCCGGAGCAUCGCCGGAACUCAUCGUCUUCCUCAUCUUCUUCCUCUGCCGAAGAAGUUCCGGUGAAAAUCGAGCAAGAAAUAUGCAUCGAUGAUAAGGCUAUGGAUAGUAGCAGAGACCCCACGGAAGCAGCCACUGGCGAUGAUUCUUGCGCUGGAGUUGAUCGCACUGCAAUGAAUAACUGUGGCGCCGAGUCUUCAGGCACCGUUCGUAGAAGUUUUUCUGAGGUUGGAACAUUGCCUGUGGGCCCUUCAAACAUUGAAAAAUUGGAUUUAAGCCAGCUUAAACUGGAUAAAUCAAAAACUGAGGCACAAAGACAUCGAAACAUAUUUGGUGAAGAGGCAGCGCUGAUUUUUGACAAUAAGAUGUCUGCCCAACAGAAGCUUAAAUUGUUUAACAGAAUGGUUACUGUGAAAGAUGGGACUGUGGAGUUUGAAGUUCCAGUAGAUGUUGAGCCCCAUGCGCUUGCUGGUGUACCAAGAGAUGCAUAUUCUGAAGUUGCUGAAGAAGAGUCACUUGAAAAUGAUAUUCAGUGUAUUCCACCACUGCAAAUAGUGAUGCUUAUAGUUGGUACACGUGGAGAUGUGCAGCCAUUUGUUGCAAUUGGCAAACGUCUUCAGGAUUAUGGCCAUCGUGUAAGAUUGGCAACUCAUUCAAAUUUCAGAGACUUUGUGCUGACUUCUGGGCUUGAGUUCUAUCCAUUAGGUGGAGAUCCAAAAGUUCUUGCGGGUUAUAUGGUUAAAAAUAAAGGCUUCUUGCCGUCAGGCCCUUCUGAGAUACCCAUUCAACGUCAUCAAAUAAAGGAAAUUAUCCACUCUCUGCUUCCUGCUUGCAAAGAACCUGAUCCUGAUUCUGGUAUCCCGUUUAAGACAGAUGCAAUCAUUGCCAAUCCCCCAGCAUGCGGGCAUACGCAUGUCGCAGAGGCAUUACAAGUACCACUUCAUAUAUUUUUCACGAUGCCAUGGACGCCAACGAGUGAGUUUCCACAUCCUUUGUCCCGUGUGAAGCAAUCAGCUGGAUAUCGACUUUCUUAUCAAAUUGUUGACUCACUGAUUUGGCUUGGGAUAAGGGACAUGAUAAAUGAUGUUAGAAAGAAAAAGCUGAAGCUACGACCAGUCACAUAUUUGAGUGGUUCCCAAGGCUCUGAUUCCGAUGUGCCACAUGGAUACAUAUGGAGUCCUCACCUUGUUCCUAAACCAAAAGAUUGGGGACCUAAGAUUGACGUGGUAGGAUUUUGCUUUCUCGAUCUUGCAACAAAUUAUGAACCUCCAGAAUCACUCAUAAGGUGGCUUGAAGUUGGUCCAAAGCCUAUUUAUAUUGGAUUUGGUAGCCUUCCGGUUCAAGAACCAGAAAAAAUGACCCAAAUAAUUGUGCAUGCUUUGGAACAAACGGGACAGAGGGGUAUCAUUAAUAAAGGCUGGGGUGGCCUUGGUGAAUUGACUGAACCCAAGGAUUAUAUUUACUUAUUGGACAACGUCCCUCAUGAUUGGCUAUUCUUGCAAUGCAUGGCUGUGGUUCAUCAUGGAGGUGCUGGAACAACAGCUGCUGGUCUUAGAGCUGCGUGCCCAACAACCAUUGUACCAUUCUUCGGUGAUCAACCUUUCUGGGGAGAGAAAGUGCAUGCCAGAGGAGUGGGACCUGCACCCAUCCCAGUCGAUGAAUUCUCACUUCCCAAGUUGGUCGAUGCAAUAAACUUCAUGCUAGACCCAAAGGUGAAGGAGAGGGCCAUUGAACUUGCCAAGGCAAUGGUGAAUGAGGAUGGGGUGACUGGAGCAGUAAAAGCAUUUUUUAAGCAUCUUCCUCGCAUGAAGCCUGAACCAGAGAUAUCACCAGAGCCAUCCAGUUUAUUCUCCAUUAGUAAAUGUUUUGGUUGUUCCUGAAUCUCCGUAUGGAUGUUUGUUUCUUCCUUUUAAGUUGUUGUGUGUUCUGCUGUGUCCUUCAUACUCCAUGGUGCUUUCUUUCCUCACGUCAAUCCUACAUAUAUGAAUCCCUCGCCUACCAAUUCCCAUCCCUGCUUCCAGAAAUGUAAUUAUUUACGGUCAAAACACAUUUAGUGUAAAACACGAAAUUUCAUUCAUCUCGAAGUUAAAAGGUCCAUUUCUUUUUUUUUAAUCUUUGACUUCACAUCUAUGCUGGAUUUGAGUCUUUCAUUCCGCCAGCCGUUGCAUUUAUUAUACUUGUGUGAUCUAGCCUUCAAAAUUUGGAAGCGUGAUGUCAUAAAAUCAUGGGCGGCAAUCCUUCAUGUUACUGUGAUCAGUCUGUGGUCUUUGAGUUAGCAACAUAUUUGAAUCGAAUGUAAAAUGGUAUAACAUCUACAGAUGAACCAAUUCGGUGAUGACUAGUGAGUUUUUGCCAUUAAUAACUAGCCAUGAUUCUUUGCUU